CCUGAGGUUGUAGUGAGUGAGUGGAAACCAGACACAGUCAGCUUUCUGCGUGCCUGCCUGGGAAUCUCGCUUAAACACAUCAGCGGCCACUGCCAUGGCUGAACGCCGCGCCUUCGCCCAAAAAAUCAGCAGGACUGUGGCAGCAGAGGUCAGGAAGCAGAUAGCAGGCCAGUAUGGUGGCUCACCACAGCUAUUUAAAAACCUCAAUGUUGGGACCACAACAACCAACACAGUUCCCCUCACGGAGGCGGUGGAGCCGGUGGAUUUUGAGGAGUACCUCAUCACUCACCCUCCCAUCGUUGAGUCUGGUCCCCUGAGGGAUCUGAUUGAGUUUCCCCAUGAUGACAUUGAGGUCAUUUACACACCCAGAGAGUGUCGCACUGUGGUACAAGCAGUCCCUGAGGAAGGGGACACUGAUGCUCACGUCAGAGACUGUGUCCGAUCAUACACAGAAGACUGGGCCAUUGUCAACAGAAAAUAUCACAAACUCGGUACGGGCUUUAACCCCAACACCCUGGACAAGCAGAAGGAGCGUCAGAAAGGCCUACCCAAACAAGUGUUUGAGGCUGAUGAGAUGCCUGACAACAGCAGCUACCAGGAUGACCAGGAUGACCUGAAGCGGCGGUCGAUGUCUAUAGACGAUACACCUCGUGGCAGCUGGGCCUGCAGCAUCUUCGACUUGAAGAACUCGCUCCCUGAUGCUCUCCUCCCUCACCUGCUCGACCGUGCUCCCAACGAGGAGAUUGACAGGCACAACGAAGAGCAUCGCAAGGCCAGCCGCCACCGUGAACUCUUUGCUCUGCAUCCUGCCCUUGAUGAGGAGGAGCCCAUUGAACGCCAUUGUGUGCCCGAGGUACCUAAAGAACACUUUGGCCAGAGGCUACUCGUCAAGUGCUUGUCCUUGAAGUUUGAGAUCGAAAUUGAACCCAUAUUUGCUAGUUUGGCCUUAUAUGAUGUCAAGGAAAAGAAAAAGAUAUCAGAGAACUUUUUCUUUGACCUGAACUCUGAGCAGACGAAGGGAAUGCUGCGUCCACACAUUCAGACAGCGGCCAUCUCUACACUGGCACGCUCUGCUAUAUUUUCUAUCACCUAUCCCUCUCAGGAUGUCUUCCUGGUCAUCAAGUUGGAAAAAGUUCUGCAGCAGGGUGAUAUUGGAGAGUGUGCGGAGCCUUACAUGGUCUUCAAGGAGUCUGAUGCUGCCAAGAAUAAAGAGAAGCUGGAGAAGCUCCGUGGUCAAUCAGAACAGUUCUGCCAACGUCUUGGUCGCUAUCGAAUGCCUUUUGCUUGGACUGCUAUUCAUCUUAUGAAUAUUGUGAACAGCGCUGGAAGUCUUGAGAGAGAUACAGAGCUGGAGAUGAGUCUCUCAGAGAGAAAAGGCUCCUGGUCAGAACGCAGGAACUCGAGCAUUAUGGGAAGGCGUUCCCUAGAGAGGACCACCAGUGGAGAUGAGGCAUGUAGUCUGACAGGUUUCAGACCUGCGACACUUACCAUCACCAACUUCUUCAAACAGGAGGGCGACAGGCUAAGUGAUGAAGACUUGUAUAAGUUCCUAGCAGAUAUGAGAAGACCUUCAUCAGUUCUGAGGAGGCUCAGACCCAUCACAGCCCAGUUGAAGUUGGACAUUUCUCCAGCUCCAGAGAACCCCCACUAUUGCUUGACCCCCGACCUCCAGCAGGUGAAACCGUACCCUGACAGCAGAGUACGCCCCACCAGGGAGAUCCUGGAGUUUCCUGCAAGGGAUGUCUAUGUGCCAAACACUACAUACAGGAAUCUGCUGUAUGUGAACCCACAGAGUCUUAACUUCGCCAACCGCCAAGGGUCUGCCCGCAACAUCACUGUGAAAGUGCAAUUUAUGAACGGAGAGGAUCCAAACAAUGCAAUGCCGGUGAUAUUUGGGAAGUCCAGCUGUGCAGAUUUCGCUAAAGAGGCCUACACUGCUGUUGUGUAUCAUAACAGAUCACCUGACUUUCAUGAUGAGGUCAAGAUCAAGUUGCCUGCCUCCCUGUCGGACCACCAUCACAUUCUCUUCACCUUUUACCAUGUCAGCUGCCAGCAGAAGCAGAAUACACCUCUGGAGACGCCUGUGGGAUACACGUGGAUCCCCAUGUUGCAGAAUGGGCGUCUCCGGACGGGACACUUCUGCCUUCCUGUGUCUCUGGAAAAGCCUCCACAAUCCUACUCUGUUCUCUCACCAGAUGUCCCUCUCCCAGGGAUGAAGUGGGUGGACAACCAUCGAGGAGUAUUUAAUGUGGAAGUGGUGGCUGUUUCUGCCAUCCACACACAGGACCAGUACCUGGAUAAGUUCUUUGCCUUGGUCCAUGCCCUGGAUGAGCACAUGUUCCCAGUCAGGAUAGGAGACAUGCGUAUCAUGGAGAACAACCUGGAGGCAGAGCUUAAGACCAGCAUCGCAGCUCUCAACUCUUCCCAGCUGGAACCAGUGGUCCGAUUCCUUCACCUCCUACUUGACAAGUUGGUGUUGCUUGUAGUGCGGCCGCCGGUCAUUGCUGGACAGAUAGUGAAUCUGGGCCAGGCAUCCUUCGAGGUCAUGGCAUCCAUAGUGAACCGGCUUCAUAAGUACCUGGACACCAGCCAAGACAUGCAUGGCCGUAACAGCCUGCUGUCCUCUUAUAUCCACUAUGUUUUCCGCUUGCCCAGCAAUGACCCCAACUCACCAUCGCCAGGCCCGGGGGGUUUAGGAGGUUCGGUACAUUAUGCCACCAUGGCUCGCUCAGCUGUUCGACCAGCCAGCCUCAACCUCAACCGCUCACGUAGCCUCAGCAACAGUAACCCUGACAUUUCUGGUACGCCCACCUCUCCUGAUGAUGAGGUCCGUUCUAUCAUUGGCAGCAAGGGCUUAGACCGCUCCAACUCGUGGGUGAACACCAUGGGGUGUAAGAAUUCUCCCUGGGGAUCCAGCCCUGGGUCCGCACCAGAAACCAUGCAGGCCAUGGAGCGCUGUGGCAAUCGCAUGUCUUCGCACACUGAGAGCGCCAGUUUCUUGCAAACUUUAACUGGACGGUUACCCACAAAAAAGCUCUUCCAUGAGGAGUUGGCCCUCCAGUGGGUGGUGAGCAGUGGGAGCGUCAGAGAGGGAGCUCUACAGCAGGCCUGGUUUUUCUUUGAACUCAUGGUGAAGAGCAUUAUCCACCACCUUUACUUCACUGAACGCCUAGAGUCGCCCAGGAAGAACCGUUUCCCGGAACGCUUCAUGGAUGAUAUUACAGCUCUGGUCAGCACAAUUGCUGGGGACAUUGUGUCUCGUUUCCAGAAGGACCUGGAGCUUGUGGAGAGACUCAACACAAGUCUGGCCUUCUUUGUCAACGACUUACUGUCAGUGAUGGACCGAGGCUUUGUCUUUACCCUAAUCAGGGCAUACUGGAAACAGGUCUCCACAAAGCUUUAUGCUCUGCAGAACCCAACCCUGGAGUCUUUAAGGCUGGAUUUCCUGAGAAUCGUUUGCAGCCAUGAACACUACGUCACCCUCAAUCUGCCCUGCAGCCUCCUCACACCACCCGCCUCUCCUUCCCCCUCUGUAUCCUCAGCAACUUCACAGAGUUCUGGGUUCUCCACACAUGUCCAGGACCAAAAGAUAGCCAACAUGUUUGAGCUGUCCGUCCCCUUCAGAGAGCAACACUAUCUGGCUGGACUGGUUCUCUCUGAACUGUCUGUAAUACUGGACCCAGACAAUGAGGGAAUGUUUGGUCUACAUAAGAAAGUGGUGAAUGUUGUUCAUAACCUCCUGUCCAGCCAUGACUCUGAUCCACGCUAUGCAGAUCCUGAGGUCAAGGCCCGUGUUGCCAUGCUUUACCUGCCUCUAAUUGGCAUAAUCAUGGAAACACUGCCUCAGCUCCAUGACUUUACAGUAGAGUCCCACAACCAGUGGGGUCGGCCAGGUGGUCCCCAGGGAGCAGCAGUGGGCAACAGUGGAGAAGAAAUGGAAGGAGAUGGUAACAGCAUGAUAAGUCAGACUGUUGCCAUGGCGAUAGCAGGCACGUCUACUUCCUCUCCAAUGUCCCGACCAAGCAGCUUCCUGCUCAACUCGCAGGCGAGUCGUCAGCAUGGAAGCUUUUCGGCCGAAUCGAGUCGUAGUCUUCUCAUCUGUCUGCUGUGGGUGCUGAAGAACGCUGAUGAGCUGGUGUUACAGAAAUGGUUCACAGACCUGUCUGUGUCACAGCUCAACCGCCUGCUGGAUCUCCUCUACCUCUGUGUCUCCUGCUUCGAAUACAAGGCCCAUGUUGUGUUCACCAUGCAGGGGAAGAAAGCGUUUGAACGAAUGAACAGCCUGACCUUUAAGAAGUCCAAAGACAUGAAAGCCAAGCUCGAGGAAGCCAUACUGGGCAGCAUCGGGGCCCGACAGGAGAUGGUGCGACGCAGCCGUGGGCAGCUCGAACGAAGUCCAUCUGGCAGUGCAUUUGGCAGUCAGGAGAACCUGCGAUGGAGGAAGGACAUGACCCACUGGAGACAGAACAGUGAGAAGUUGGACAAGAGUCACAGAUCAGUCAGGACCAGAGCAGAGUUGGAACAUGAAGCCCUUAUUGAUGGCAACCUCGCAACAGAGGCCAACAUAAUUAUUCUUGACACCUUGGAGAUCAUUGUGCAGACUGUAUCUCUGACUGAGUCCAAAGAGAGUAUCUUGGGUGGAGUGCUAAAGGUGUUGCUCCACAGCAUGGCCUGCAACCAGAGCGCCCUCUACCUGCAGCACUGUUUUGCCACACAGAGAGCACUGGUGUCAAAGUUCCCUGAACUGCUGUUUGAGGAGGAGACAGAGCAGUGUGCUGACCUGUGUUUGCGACUACUAAGGAGUUGCAGCAGCAGCAUAAGUACCAUCAGGGCCCAUGCCAGCGCUUCCCUCUACCUCCUCAUGAGGCAAAACUUUGAGAUUGGCAACAACUUUGCCAGAGUGAAGAUGCAGGUGACCAUGUCUCUUUCCUCGCUGGUGGGAACCUCUCAGAAUUUCAAUGAGGAGUUCCUGCGACGUUCUCUCAAGACCAUUCUUACGUACGCAGAGGAGGACCUGGAGCUGAGGGAGACCACGUUCCCGGACCAGGUCCAGGACCUUGUGUUUAACCUGCACAUGAUCCUCUCUGACACAGUGAAAAUGAAGGAGCACCAGGAAGAUCCUGAGAUGCUGAUAGAUCUCAUGUACAGGAUUGCAAAGGGUUACCAGACGUCUCCAGACCUGCGACUGACAUGGCUCCAGAACAUGGCUGGAAAACACUCUGAGAGGAAUAACCACGCGGAGGCUGCUCAGUGUCUUGUGCACAGUGCUGCUCUGGUUGCUGAAUACCUGAGCAUGCUGGAGGACCGCAAGUAUCUGCCUGUUGGCUGUGUCACCUUCCAGAACAUUUCCUCAAAUGUACUGGAGGAAUCAGCAGUCUCCGAUGAUGUGGUGUCUCCAGAUGAAGAGGGCAUUUGCUCAGGCAAAUACUUCACUGAGAUUGGUCUGGUGGGACUCCUGGAGCAGGCUGCUGCCUCUUUCUCCAUGGCUGGCAUGUACGAGGCAGUAAACGAAGUGUACAAGGUACUGAUCCCUAUCCACGAAGCCAACAGGGAUGCAAAAAAGCUGGCCACCAUUCAUGGUAAACUACAGGAAGCCUUUGGGAAAAUAGUUCACCAGAGUACUGGCUGGGAGAGGAUGUUUGGUACGUAUUUCAGAGUUGGAUUUUACGGUUCGAAAUUUGGCGACUUGGAUGAGCAGGAGUUUGUGUACAAAGAGCCUGCGAUCACAAAGCUGGCAGAGAUCUCUCACCGGCUGGAGGGUUUCUAUGGGGAGCGAUUUGGAGAGGAGCAGGUAGAAGUUAUAAAGGACUCCAACCCAGUGGACAAAUGCAAGCUGGACCCAAAUAAGGCAUUUAUUCAGAUCACGUACGUGGAGCCGUAUUUUGACACGUACGAGAUGAAGGACCGCAUCACUUACUUUGACAAGAAUUACAAUUUGCGCCGCUUCGUAUAUUGCACCCCCUUCACGCUGGAUGGCCGGGCACAUGGGGAUCUGCACGAACAGUUCAAACGAAAGACCAUCCUCACCACCUCCCAUGCCUUCCCGUACAUCAAGACACGGAUCAACAUCAUCCACAAAGAGGAAAUUAUUUCCACACCCAUCGAGGUGGCAAUAGAAGACAUGCAAAAGAAGACUCAGGAGUUGGCCUUUGCCACCCACCAGGACCCUGCUGACGCCAAGAUGCUGCAGAUGGUCCUACAGGGAUCAGUUGGUACAACUGUCAACCAGGGUCCUUUAGAGGUGGCUCAGGUGUUCCUGUCAGAAAUCCCCAGUGACCCCAAACUGUACAGACACCAUAAUAAGCUACGGCUCUGCUUCAAAGACUUCACCAAGAGGUGUGAAGAUGCUCUGCGUAAGAACAAGAGUCUGAUCGGUCCCGACCAGAAGGAGUACCAGAGGGAACUGGAGAGGAAUUACCACCGACUGAAGGAGGCGCUGCAGCCCCUCAUCAACAGAAAGAUCCCUCAGCUUUAUAAGCCUGUUCUGCAGGUCAACUCACACAGCAAACGGACAGCUUGACAAGAGAUUCCUUCAGCAGAAUGAGCCUUCGCAAGUUUGACCUUUGAAGAGGGAGAGAACACGGACACACGCUCCACCGAAAAAUUGCAAUAUUAAUUUAUUCUCAAGUGUAAAUAGGAGUUUGUCUCCAGAGUUGGAUAGUGUUUGUGAGAACGAGCUUAAAAAAGAAAGGCUAAAAGUGUUGGUACGUCAUUCCAGUGUCUUAAUUUGUUUACAGACAGACUGUUUCACAGUCAAGAGGGACGAACAACUUCAAGAUGAAAGGGACACCUUGGCUUUUACAUUUUUUUUAUUUGCUGGCCAUAUGUUACAGCGGGGAACAGAUGUUUUUGAGUAUUUGUCCCUGUGCUACCUUAAGAAAAAAUCCUAAUGUGCGCCUUCACUCUUCUUUAGCUGAAAGCCAUCAAACUACAGAAUACAGAGAAUCUCCAGAUUCCUAUAUCGACAACGUGCCAAAAGUUUUAUUCACGCCAAAUGUUGACAAGUGACUGUAAAAAAGGUACAAUUUUAAAAGUCAAGGUGUCUUUUAAUAAUGUACGAUGUGUCAAAAAAAGAAGAAAAUAAUCUGUAUUCAAUAUUGUGUGCACUUUUUUUAUUACGGUGUAGCAAACGCAUUUUACAAACUUGAAACUUUAUGUAAAACAAAAUGGGGGUGGGCGGGGCGGGGCUAAAAAAACGUGCAAAAUUAACUUCUACCAUUAUUUAUCUCGAUGCUUUAUCACUUUGAGUUGAAGCGUACUUUAAACAUGCUUGUAUAAUUUUAUGUUGUUUUGUUUAUUUUAAAUAUUUUACUAAAUAAAUAUUUUAAUGUUCA